AUGACCCGACAUAUUCGUCGCAUUGUUUAUGAUUUCAUCAAGAUUGUGCGCAGCAACGUCGUUCCGAAUAGAGUGCCCCGUCCAGCUGCCGGAUUCUACGCAGCAUGGAAAGCGCUUCAUAUAUGCCUAGCUCUGUUGCUUAUACAAUGGGGACACAAUGGCUUCAGCGCCUGCAAAGGCAGCGCGAUGGCCCAUUUCGUAUCCGGGGCAGGCUCUUCGAGGCUGGGACAACACUGGCACGGCCGGCUGCUUGUCAGCAGCUCUGGAGUGGCAAAUGUGUCAGAUGGCUCCCUCUUUGUGGCCGCCUUGCGGGAUCCAGCUGUCAAACGAAUCGUUCUCACAUCUCCACUGGUCGAUGUCCCGCCUGAUACCUGGGAGGCGGUCGGCGGCAACCUGCCCAUCCCCAUUACCCGCAACUUGACGUUGGAAGGAGACGAGGCGGACUGGCCGCUCCUGCGCCUCCAUUACGUGAGGGACGUGGUUCGGCUCAUGGACACGGUCAUCUGGGUUAUCCGCUUCCUAUUCCUGGACGGCGCAAACGGAGAUAACAACUAUCGUGAUCAGGGCAAGACAGAGGUGCCGUACAUGCCACACACUGGUAGGUUCUGCUUCCCAUCCAAAUUGAAGCUGCAAACCGUAAAGACAGUCGAGAGGCCGGCGAAAUACCCGAAUGCCAAACAGCUGGUCCUGCGGGAUAUCCAGUAUCCGGAGCGGUGUUGGCCAGAUGGUGCCCUCGCAGUGGAGAUGGUGGGCAACGGCAACCGCAUUGACCCGUCCUCAGACAAGUCCGUCCCCACCAACACCAUAAUCCUUCUUCAAAAUGUCACCUGCCUGUGUGAGCACCCCGUGAGCAUCACAUGCCUCAAAGAGCGCCAGGCCGAGCCCCUUGUCUGCUUCCAGGAAACCAAGCGCCAGUUUGAGAAUGACACGACGUCUUUCUUAGACGAUUACCGACCAGAUCCGCAGCUUCGGGCCCUUGAUGUUAAGGCCUCUUCACCGCAAGUGAAGCAGACGCAGCGACAGGACAGCGCACCGCCGGCGGCAAGCGGCGUGGAUGGAAACCAGGCCCGCAGCCGUGCAGUGGUAGUAGGGGCUGCAGUAGCAGGCACCGUGGUUACCGUGUCCCUAUUCGCGUUGAUGGUGGUGGCUGCUGUGCGCGUGAAGCGGCAGAACAUCUUCGGUCGCAGCUGCCUCGAGUCGGGAAGUUGCCCAGGCCCAGCCUCUCAGCUGAACAUUACUGGUGCUGCAUGUGAGAACGGGAGCGGUGGAAGCGGGGCCUCAUCUGCGACCCCUCGUAACCAACUUCCGAAGUCAGGCGAGUCCGCCAAAGUUGCAGCGGAACCAGGGGAAGUGCAGCCUGGCGAGCAGCAGCAGGUGGUCGGCACCAAGCCGACCUUGGCGAUGCCUCUGGACCAGGCUGCUGUGGUCAUCACCCCAGACACGCGGCCACAACCCAACCUGGAGCUGCAUGUGCGGUUAGUGGACCCCGCUGGUGAGGCUGAGGCUGGCGAUGUAAUCGGUAGUUAUAACAAUAACAGUUCCAUUGGCGACGACAGCAGCAACAGUCCCACAGCAGGUGCCGUCACGGGUGUCGUAACCCUGCACUCGAAGGAGGCGGAGGUCAGCGGCAGUGGCAGCGGCAGUGCUGGUGGUGUUCCUCCCUGUAGUGGUAGCAGUGUGGUGGAGCUGACUUCGGUGGUACGCGGCAAGGGCACCUUUGGUCGAGUGGUGGAAGGUACUUACCGGGGGCAGCAAGUGGCUGUGAAGCUUCUGGCCAGUGACGGCCCGUGGGGGUGCCCCGUCGAGGCCUUGGCCUCCAGCUUUGCGCAGGAAGUGCAGGUGCUGAGCCGCUGUUAUCACCCAAAUAUUGUGCGGCUGCUGGCGGCCUGUGUGGAGUCGCCGCGGCUGUGUUUGGUUCUGGAGCUUAUGGAGACUUCUCUGGAGCACCUUAUGUACGGAGACCCGACAGCCCCACCAAUGCCACUGCCGAAGGUGCUUCAUAUCGCCAUAUCCAUUGCCAACGCGCUGGCCUAUCUGCACCCCACCAUCAGUCACCGGGACCUCAAGCCUGCCAACGUGCUGCUCAACAACCCCCACAGCGACCGGCCCACAGUCAAGCUUACGGACUUCGGGCUGUCUCGGCUUCGUGUGACGGUGGCUCCAACGGAGAAUCCGAAUGCGGGCACGCCCGCCUACAUGGCACCGGAGUGCUUCGACUUGCAAAAUAGUCAGGUCACACAUAAAGCGGAUAUGUUCUCGCUGGGUGUGCUGCUGUGGGAGAUGCUGGCCUGCAAGAGGCCCUGGCCUGGCCUGAACCCGCUGGCGGUCGGCGUGACGGUAGCGUUCAACGGCAUGCGCCCUCCCCUGGAUGAACUCCUGGCCUCCGAGCGCUGUUCACUCAAGCUGUGUCGUCUGCUGGUAGCGUGCUGGGAGACGGAUCCGGACCGACGGCCGGCGGCUGCGGAGGCAACCAAGGAGCUGGCGUUGAUCCUGGCUAUUGUUGCUAGAUGGCUCGACAUACCCCCCAUAGAAAUUAAAGGACAAAAAGGCCUUCCGAUACCUAGCUUUCCCGUAGCGCUGCCCCUCGCUGAGCGCAUCAACCUCCUGUUCCCUUCAAGCGCCCUUAGCAGCAGUACCAGCAGCAGCAGCAGAUCUGACUCCAGGCCCCAGUCCGGUUCCCAUUCCCCCCCUAUUGAUAUCAUUAUCGCCACCACCAACACAACCAACACAACCACAAGCAGCCACGCUGCCCCUCCGCCACCCUCGCGCCUGGUAGUGCUGCCCGACAUCCACGGAGAUGGUCCUCAGGCUCUGAGGGCCCUACAUCUAGCUGGCCUGAUUUCCCGUACGACAGCCGCAACCGUCAAUAACAGCUUUUCAGCAACCAAUUCUUCCUCGUCGCGGUCCUGGUCUUCCUCGGAGACGGAGGCGGAGAAGUCCUCCUCCUGGCAGGGGCAUUAUUGGCAGGGGCAAUGGCAGGAGCGGGACGGGUGGCAGUGGUCGGGUGGCGACACGGUGCUGGUGCAGCUUGGGGAUAUGGUGGACCGGGGGCCCGACAGCUUGGCGUUGCUGACGUGGCUGGAGAGCCUGAGGGGUCAGGCGCGAGCAACGGGUGGUGAUGUGGUGGCGCUCCUGGGCAACCACGAGCUCAUGAACAUACAUCACGACUUCAGGUACGUGGCUCCCGCGGAAAUUGUGGCGCUGGCGGAGGCCGCGGAGGCUGGAAAACUGCCGUCGCCAUGGACGGCGAGUCGUACGACAAUGGCAUCUACACGGUACGGCGCAGCCCUCAACGGAGGCGGCGGCGGCAGAGGAGAUCCGGGGCUGGCCUCGUAUGUGCAUGGCAGCUCGCGUGUCGUACAGCGCAUGGAUGACGUCGCUGCCGACGAGCGAGCGAUACCCGAAUUGAAGCCUGGGAAGGGGGGAACCCUGGAGGGGCCGGAGGCGGCGGCGGCGGCGGCGGCGGCGGCGGCGGCGGCGGACGAGAGCGUGGGCGAAAAGGCGGAAGAGUCGCCUCAAGAUGCUGCGCUGCCAGCGCUACGGCGACGUGCUGCGGACCGAGAGCUUUUACACGACAACCACCUAACCGUUUCCAACUGUCGCGCCGCCGCCGCCGCCACCACUGGCAAUCGCUUGGUACCCUGUGAGUUAGAAGGAGUGGAAGUUGCCGUCAACAGUGAAGACACGCCAGCAAUGGGGUCGUUGCACAACCGGAGACUUGUACAACAGCACCACCACCGCGACCCCAUCCAGCAGCAGCACCAGCAGCUCCUGGCGGGGCUUGACGUUUGGAGGGAAGCGUUGGCGGCCGACGCGCCGUUGGGUUCGUUGGUACGACAACGACCAUUGGCUGCGCUCAUCGACGCCGGCGGUUGCCGUGUACUUGCCGUACAUGCGGGUGCCUUUCCGUGGAUGCUGCACGCCGUCGAGCUGCUGUUGCUGGGCGACGGGGGUUCCGGCGGUGGCGGCGGCGGCGGCGGCGGCGGCAGCGGUACGGCAGGGGGUCAGGGGGCCUCCUGGGUCUUGGAGCCUGAGCAGUACGUCGCCGCAUGGAAUGCCGCGACAGCCGGGGCGCUGAGGUUCUGCGAGGGCCGCAGCUGCCGGCGGCGCCGUAGCGGCGGCGGCGUAGGCGGCAGCGGCUCCAGUGGUGACGGCAACGGCGAUGUGUACGAGCGCUCUCGUCUGGCAUUGGCAGGUUGGAACGCCGUCAUGUCAGGAGUCGUAGUGGGGCGCCGUACACCGCCUCCGCACCCGCUGAGGCUUGGGCUGGGGACAGCAGGUUGUUCCGACCUACUUCUGGGGGGUGAAGGAGCCGUUUGGAGUCGUCAUCUCGCACACGGCCCUCGGCAUCAGGUUAGCGGUGGUGGUGGUGGUGGUGGUGGUGGUAGUGGUGGCAGAAGGGUGUGCCUGGAGGUGGCUGCGGUGGUUAGUCGGUUGCGAGUUGAGCGGUUGCUGGUUGGGCACACGAUUCAGAGAGGUGGUCGAGUCAGCAGCAGAUGUGGGGGGCAAUUACUGCUGGCGGAUGUGGGGAUCAGCCGGGCUAUUGCCGGGGAGAUGGCUGUAUUACAGUGCUCGUCCGGGAAGUUGGAUGUGGUGUACGGCAACGGUCGCGUGGAGCGCCUCUUUGCUGAGGCGGCCGCUGUAGAGAGCAUCGAGUCCGGCCUCGCCCAAAUUACCAAACAGAUUCUCGCAACAGAUCCGGAGGCCCGAGAGAGCCUGAGGCGGUACGAGGAGGCCGUGAUUCGUCUAGAGAAGGCCAAGGCCGCCAGCGAGGAGCUGGACCGCAUGUUUGCGGAGGCCAGCCGGGGCGCUGCAGCCACUGACCGGCAGACGGAGGAGGAGCAGCGUCAGCGGGCAAACGAGCGGAUGGCGGAUGCGGAGGUGGAGGCGGCGGAGAGGUUGUUCAGGGCCGCGGAGCUAGAGUACGCGGCGGCUCGCAAGGCACAGCAAGAGUGGUCGGCGGCGGCGACAGAGGGCCCGGAGCGCGUGGAGUCCAUUAAGGCGGCGAUUGUGGCUGCGGCGGCGGGGCUGGCGGCGGAGCUGCCCCUGGUGGCGCUCAGCGGCGGCGGCGGCGCCGACGGUGCCACAACCGCCGGUGGGCCGCUGUCCUCCGCGUUGAGCCUGCUAUCGGCUGCGGCGGCUUGCUUCCUGUUCGGGGUCACCUACCGACGACUGCUGCCGCUGCGGCAGCGGGUGCCGGCGGCCGCAGCGGGGGAAGGCGACGCCGUCGGGGGCCCCCUGUCCCUCUCCGUGAUAGGUCCCGCGGCUUUGUACGCGCUGGAGAGCUUGCUGCUGUUUGGCUUUGCGUCCGCGGCUGUUGAGGCGGCAUUCGGCGCCGGGCUCCUGAAGCGCUUCGCUGAGGAGGGGAGGCCGUCUUCGUCGUCCACCGCGUCCUCCCCCCCUCCGUAGACGGCAUGCCGGCGCCCGCCUCCUCCUCCUCGACCUCCCCGUGAUCCAUAUCCCUAGUUCUCCUCCUGGUAUUCUGUAGUUAGCUGCCCUGCCUUGCCCUGCGCGUGUAUGGAGGCUAGGGAAGGUGGAGGGCGAGGAGGAGAGAGGAAGAGGAGGUGAGUAAGAGGAGGAAAAGCGGGCGAAGGAGGAGGAGGGUAAGGAGGAGAAUCGUUUUCUGCAGCGUAUGGACGUGGUCUGCUGUCUGGCUAUUAGUAGUGAAUAAAAGCAGGGGAAAGGAGGGAAGGGGGGAAGAAGGGAAGAAAGGAGAGGAGGAGAGAAAGAAGACCAAGCAGGUUGUUAUUGUAGCAGUGCCAGUAGUAGUAGAUGGAGAAGGUGGGGGAGGAGGAGGAGGAAGAAAAGAAGGGGAGGGGGGAGAGAAGCUCUGCGGGGGUCGGGGAAAUCACCAAACCCUCCCGGAUAGGAUAGGGGGGAAGCGGAAGAGAAGUUGGGAGAAAUUUGUGAUACAGUUGUGGGUCGUAUUUGUGGAAAGAUCUUUUAAUUCUCGGAUGGGACAUAUCGCGGUUCCUAGCCGUCGGAUGGGACAUAUCGCACCGACAUCGCACAUAUGGGGCUCUGCAGAGGAUCUGGGAGUCGGGUCGGAUCGUAUCGGAGCAUUAUGCCGUGGAUGGUUUCAUACUUGUCUGUCUACCUGUCUGUCUGUAUGUCUGUAUGUGUGUACGAUUACUUGCAUGCCCUUCCUGGCACUGGUCAAGGGGGCCUGGGGCUGGCGAGGGGUAUUUUUACUGUCGUAACGGAAAGCAACAUACUCCCAAGUCCGGGAGGAGAGAGGGGAAGCGCGAAGAGGAGGAGGAGGAGGGGGGGCCGCCCUUGCUCCCCUUUCCACUUCCCUAACCUGAAGACCGUCUGUUUCCACGUUCACUGGGGCACCGGGCGGGAUGGGAAAACCCUAAAACCCACCUCAACUGACUGACCGCGAAGCCAUGUGAAGGACGUCUGUUGUGUUCGUUGAGUUCCUGAGGCCCCGUCCGCCUCAUGAUCCAGGGAUGGGGAAGGGACUCGCUAAGUAGAGGGUUUAGGCGGUAGCACGUCAGGCACCCGUGCAUGGAAGGACACAUGCAUAUGCGCAUUUGGGCUUCGGCGUAUGAGGUACCGCUUUGUGCACCGCGCGGUUUGUUGAUUUGGGUUUGGGGGAAGGCUGAGUAGCGGGGUUGUUGAUUGGAGGGAAGGAUUGGGAUAUAGGCUUGGGGGGUCGGGUGGGGGCCCUGCAGCCCUCUGCGGCUAGGUCGUAGUUGUCUCUGCUCUCUGCUUCUAAUCUUUUAAGUUGUCCUCAAAGGUGGUGCCCCUUGGAGGGAGACGCAAAGGAAGGGAUGUGCGGUGCAAAACACCCCUUUCCCCGGGACUGGUGUUUUCCUAAAAAAUUUAGAAAAAUCUUUAGAAAAAUCUUACAAAUGUCGGCAAAAUUAUUAGGUUCCUAAGCUUCCGAUUAUGCAUCAUCACAAGGGACUUCGGUAGUUGUUUAUUGGCAUGUCGGCACUGGUUUCCUUGGCUUGGGGCUCCGGCAGUCGGUAUUGCUACUAUGGUGUUUGCUGCCUGCCGCAUAUGAUUCUCCCCCAGGGCUGAGGGUUGAAGGCGCAGAAGACGCCGUUCUUUUGCCGGUUAGAUGCUUGCAUGUUUAACAAAGUCCAAGUG